UGCGGUAGCAGCGAAUAUCUGCGUCGACGAGGACAGGAAGUUGGGGGGGGAUUGUCGAAGUCGCUGUCGUUGGCGGGCUCGAAGUGGUCGGUCGUCAAAUCCCAAAGUGAUAAUUUUGCUUGUUGUGCAUGUGGGCUCGCUAAGGGCGCACUAACCCGCCUUCGGUAGGUCUGUGCACGUGACAGCCUUAUCCGCUAUCAAUUGAUCGUCCCCCUCAUUUUCAACGGAGUAUAAAAAAAGUCCCAAAGAGAAAAUAUUCCUCCCAAAAAUGUCUCAAGGUAACGAAAUACAUUCACUAAAGAAGCUUGCCGCGCAGUACUCUCAACAACUCGACCUAACUCAUCUCUCUCUCCCCAACACUCCCACCAUCGUCCGUCCCGACAUACAAUGCGCCAUCUACGAGCAUAUGUUCAACGAGGCCGCAGUAUGGCCCCUCCCACCAAUGGGCUAUCGCACACGCGUUCUAAAGACGAUCAUAGCACGGAUUGAAGAGGGAAUCACCGAUCCGGAGGAGGAUGAACUAAAUUCCGACCUCAUUGAAACUUGGACAAAUCUGAUCUCCCUCCCCAAACCCUCUCAAAUCCAGCAAGCCCAACAACUAACCUACAUUAAAUACACCGCCCCUGCCACCACCACCUCUCAAGGCCCCCAAACAGUGAUUACUUCGGAAUCGCGCGGCCUGAUCUACUCCUCUGGCACUACUGGCUUCCGCACCUGGGAAGCCUCCCUCCAUCUCGGAACAUACCUCUCCACACCCACCGGCGCAGCCCAUGUGACUGGUAAACGGGUGAUCGAGCUCGGCGCGGGAACAGGGUUCGUGUCAAUGUAUGCGGCGAAGUACCUGCGGCCGCAAUUUGUGCUUGCGACGGAUCGUGAGGGGACACUGAUCGAGAAUAUGAAGGAUAGCAAAGCGAGGAAUGGGCUAGGCGGGCAGUUUGGGGUCGGAGCUUGGGAAUGGGGAACGCCGUUGGGGUAUCCGGCUGAAGAUGAUACUGAGGAUAUAGCAAGGGAAGAUCUGUGUUUUGAUGUUGCACUCGGUGCGGAUUUGGUACGUUAUGUCUCGUUACUCAAGCUAAUUGGUGUUCCUGGUUCGAAGAGGUUAAUGGAACGUAGACCUAUGACACAGACUUACUUCCUCUAUUGUUUGCUACUCUUCAUGACCUUUUUGAUAACUACCGGGUCCGAGAAUUCAUUCUCUCAGCUACAUUACGGAACCAGCAGACCUUCCAGGCGUUUCUCGAUGCUUGUGGUAUUUGCUCCCUUCGAUAGUACUGCUUUGGGGCAGGGUUAGGGCACUGACUAUUUCGCAGACAACAACCGUUUUAAAGCAGUGUGUCUACCGUUUGAGUCGCCAGUGACGGAGAACCAGACCGGUUUUUUCCAUGAGACCGGGAUCCCAAUUCGAACCUACCGGGUCACGAGGUAGACAGCCUUUUCGCAAAAGAUUCCAUGCUCACGAGAAAGAACUUAUUUACGCUUACGGGUAGCUGAACCUAUCAAUGGGCCAAUAACAAAGAAGUAUCCUUAAGAUAUUAUAAAGAUUCUGCUAUAU